AUGACACUUAAGGUGCCGUCCCCGAAACUGGAGCCAGCAAAGGCGCUGAGACUCAUCAGCCUGCAAAACAGUGGCCUUGAGACGAAGAACUGGAUCGUCCACAAGGCUGAGAACCUAGAGGGGAACUCUACCCUUCUGGUUCUCGGGGUGGACGUGAAUUCGGCCAACGUACUCAAGGCCAGGAACUACAGGGUACAUCUGGAGGACAGUACGUCGAAGAUCAUUUCUAGUCCUUAUCCAAAGCCCAGCACAUCCAAAGUCAUUUCUAGUACUGUUCCAAAGCCCAGCACGUCUAAAAUUAUUGUGCUACAAAACGUCACAAUCCCUCGAAAUGAUUCUAAUCUACAUUCGAAUUCAUGCUCAACAGAAAACAUACCGUAUACUGAGCGCGAGUUGGAGACGGAAAACUAUGAACAUGACAGUCUAGGAGAACACUUUCUACAAGGCGUUUCACUAAUUCCUCAACAAUCAAAUGAAUCUAGCCCACCUGCUAAUCCAUCUAAAUCCAAAUGGUCAUCUUUUAAAUAUAGCAGAGCAGAAAGAAAUCGUCGUGCAAGAGAGCGCAGUCAGAAAAAUCAAACUCCGAUAACAAAUUUUUUUGAAAAAUUCAAUGAAUUGUGCGACAUUAUUAAAAAAGUUCCUGAGCAUAAAAGACUUUAUAAAGAUGAUAUACUUCAAGAUAUAAAUAAUUUAGACAUCAAAAAGUGUGUGGAAAACGCCCUGGCGGAUGCAAUAAAUGAAACAGAAGAAGUCGGUCUCUUGGCGAAUAGAAAUGACAUUUUUGUUGAUUUGCCAUUUAAAUCAGCCGAAGAACCCUCGGAAGAACCAACACAUAUUGACCCUGAAUUUGAAAGUGAAAACGAACUAUUUGCUGAUGAUAGCAUCAUUGAAUAG